ACUCUGUCUCAAAACAAAACAAAACAAAAAGAUGUCUUUCAAGGUUAGAUUCCUAGAACAUGCUUCAACACCUUGCACUUCUCUCUGUAAUUCUCACACUCAUGUGUUUCUCAUGCUGGAUUGUAAACUCUUGGGGCAUGGUCUCUAUUGGCCUUAGUGAACUAAGGGAGCAGCAGUGGGCUUGGAAAGCCUGGAGUGUGUUAUUAAAGAGAUAAUUAGGAGGUAGAAGAGACAGGAUUUGAUGAUAGAUUGGAUGUAGGGACCCAGGCAGGGAAAAGUCUGGAAUGACACUUGGGUGACAAUUGAUUGAAGUACUCAGCACACUGGUACACAGUAGGUGCUCAAUAAACAUGAAUGAAGGGGCUGGAUCUAUAGAGGGAGUCUCACCAGAUUGUGAAAGUUCCCUUCAGGAAUGAAUGUUUUCCAAAUGGCACUUCAUUGAUAGCUCAGCUGGUAGAGCGGAGGACUGUAGCAUCUACCAUGUAGCCAAAUGGCACUUCAUUGUCAAGCUUUGUGGCUAAUGAUGGUUAGAAGGUAGAUUGUGAUGUGUACGGAACGUGGUACUCUGGGGGAGUUCCAUAACCAAGAGGAGGAAGGAACAACAGCCAGUGGAGACAAAAAGAACUGCUUCUCCUUUCUUUCCCCUUCCAAGUUCCUAGCAGAGGGCUGAGCCCAGCUUCCCAGACUUGUGUGACUACACAGGCAAGCAUUCUGAGACUAACUUCCCAUUCGUACCCUAGCCUUCAGUGGCUCAAGGUGUUGGCUGGACAGUAGACAGGAAGCUUCCAAGUAGCAAAGCUCCCUGUUCUCAGCAAGCCCAACACCAUGGGGAAGGGAGAUGCCUUAGAGGCAGCACCAACCACUGCAGCCUACCGCACUGUCAUGGAGGAGUAUGGUUACGAGGUGGGCAAAGUCAUUGGCAAUGGCUCCUAUGGGACAGUGUAUGAGGCUUACUACACAAAGCAGAAGGUCAUGGUAGCUGUCAAGAUCAUCUCAAAGAAGAAAACCUCUGAGGACUAUCUUAACAAGUUCCUGCCCCGUGAGAUACAGGUAAUGAAAGUCUUGCGGCACAAGUACCUCAUCAACUUCUAUCAGGCCAUCGAGACCACAUCCCGAGUAUACAUCAUUCUGGAGCUGGCUCAGGGUGGUGAUGUCCUUGAAUGGAUCCAGCGCUAUGGGGCCUGCUCUGAGCCCCUUGCUGGCAAGUGGUUCUGCCAGAUGACCCUGGGCAUUGCCUACCUGCACAGCAAGGCCAUUGUGCACCGCCUGACCCCCAGCCUUUCUGCUGCUGGUAGGGACUUAAAGUUGGAGAACCUGUUGCUGGACAAACGAGAGAACGUGAAGAUAUCGGACUUUGGCUUCGCCAAGAUGGUACCUUCUAACCAGCCUGCGCAUAGUAGCCCUUCUUACCGCCAACUCAACUGCUUUUCCCACCUCAGCCAGACCUACUGCGGCAGCUUUGCUUAUGCCUGCCCGGAGAUCUUGCUAGGCUUGCCCUAUAACCCUUUCCUGUCUGACACCUGGAGCAUGGGCGUCAUCCUCUACACUCUCACGGUUGCCCAUCUGCCUUUUGAUGACACCAAUCUUAAGAAGCUGCUGAGAGAGACUCAGAAGGAGGUCACUUUCCCACCUAACUACACCAUCUCCCAGGAGUGCAAGAACCUGAUUCUCCAGAUGCUAUGCCAAGCUGCCAAGCGUGCCACCAUCCUGGACAUCCUCAAGGAUCCCUGGGUGCUCAAGUUCCAGCCUGAGCAACCCACCCAAGAGAUCAGGCUGCUUGAGGCCAUGUGCCAGCCCCCGACCACCACUAAUCGUCACCAAUCCUUAGAAAUCACUACCUGAAAUGGCUGAGGGAGGGGGCUGAGAGAGGAGCAGAGCAGGAGGGUCUGGGGCUAAAAAUCUUUUAUAUGAAAAAUAAAUCUGAUUUGGUUUUAUCA